CCCCGGCCCCGCUGCAGCCACAGGUCACCGUGGUGGCCAUCCUGGGCAGCUGCUGGCCACCCUGCCCAGGCGGGACGAGGAAAUGCUGCUCGUGUCCACAAGGUGCCUGUACCGGGACCUGGAGGAUUUCACCAGGGAGCUCCAGACCACCCUGUACCGCAUUGAUGACAGCUGGAGGCGCUGCAAUGUCACCUCCGAUGAUGAUGACCCUGUCACCUUCCUGAGUGAGGCCCUGUCUGCCUACAAGUACACCCCAUGGACCACCUUGGAUGAUGUGACAAUGGCAGCCAGCAAGUGGCACCGGUCGAUGUCUGUGCUUGUGAACAGAUGGGCCCAGCUGGCCUGGGCAGCCACCAGGGCUCUACAACAUCUGCUGGAGGGCGGCCACCAAGGCGGCCACUGCCACCGCCAGGGCCAGGGAGCUGCAGGCCAUGGCUGCCCGUUAUGGGACAGCUCAGGAAAACAUGGUGGAGCUGGGUCAGGCAGGGAGGAGGGGCCAACGUGGUGGCCAGGCCUGAACCCUGGGUGAGGAGAGAGGCCAGGGUGGCUGCCAGCCAGGCAACAAGAGCCACCAUGGUGAGACAGCGGGUGGAGGUGGCCCUGGGGCUGCUGGAGCGCUUGGUGGCCGCGUGUGACGAAGCCACCGCGUUCCCCUGGGAGCUGCAGCACAGGAUUGGGGACAUCAAGGCUGCCCUGAAGGAGACAAAUGAGGUAUCCCCUGAUGUCCCUGAGGCCUUAGUGGCCAAGGUGGCCAUGGCUGAGUGGCUGUGGGAGGCCAAUGCCUGCCUGGCCAAGGAUCACCUGCUGGGAACACUUGAUGACAUUAUCACGUUCUAUUUUGAUGGUGGUCCCGCCAGCCCCAGUGUCUGUGAGGUGGCCAAGCGGUGCCAAAGAGUCAUCAAGGACAUCUCAAGGUUCCUUCAACCCUGGAGUGUCCCCAGAGCGUCUCCGCUGGGUCCCAGUGAGCAUGGAGCUCCAAGAGCUGUCCCCUCCCCAGCUGCUGGAGGCUCUGGUGUCCGUGGUGGCCACUCUGGUUGAUGUGAUAGCCACCAUGACCGGGCCACACCGGGGCGUGCGGCGCUGUGCGCCCCCAAAGUUGCUGCACGCGGCCCUGAGGAUCUUCACCUGGAGCCUCCGUAAGGGCCUGGAACACCCUGGUGUCACCUCCCUGGGCCAGGCCCUGGCCACCUUUGGGGCCACCCCUGGGGCCACCUGGGCCGAUGUGAGAGCCGCGGCCAGCGCCUGGCGGGAGUUGGUGGCUGCGUGUGAGGAGAGAUGGAAACAGCUGGUCGAGGAGAUCACCAAGCUCCGUGAUGCCUGCGAGGAUGUGACCCUUGCCUGGGCCAGGGACCAGCAGGACAAGGCCACCCGCAGGGGGACAGCUGGGGACAACAUGGCAGCCACAGCCCAGCAGCUCAUGGUGGCCCUGGACAGGGAUGAGGAGGCCUCAGUGGGGGCCACACGUGAUGCCCAGGUGGCAAUGGCCACCGAGGCCAUGGGAGAGGCUGUGGUGGCCACCAGGCGGGCGAGGGCGGCAAUCAGGAGGAGACAUUGGGCAGAGGUGGCCCUGGAGCCGCUGCAGCGCUUGGUGGAUGCGUGUGACAAAGGCAGCAUCAGGACCCUCGAGUUUCCCUCCCUGCUCCUCAUGCACCAGGACCACCGGACCUCCCCGAGGUACCAGGACCCUCCCCUGGUGCACCGGGACCACCGGAGACCCCCCCAUCAAUCAGUGCUGUCAUCGUUCAUUGGGACCCCCCCUCAGGCACUGGGACCAUCAGAAACCCCCCCAAAUCACCGAGCACCGAGACUCCCCCUCGUGCACUGGGGCCGCUGGAGACUCCCCCGAAUCACUGAGCACCCCCUGUGCACCAGCACCGGGACUGGACCCUCCUCGUGCCCUGAUCCCCCCUCACCGAGCACCGGGACAGGGACCGGACCCCCCCUCGUGUACCGACCCCCCCGAGCACUGGGGCCGGGACCCCCUUUGUGCCCCCCCCCCCCCAUCACGGGGGUUCUGCCCCCUCCCCUUUGA